AUUCAAGUCAUAGUCCUUCAUUUCCAGGUGUGCUCUUAAGCCUUAUUUCCUAGUUAUCUCCAGUUCAGCUUCCGAUUCCAAGUAAUUCUUUCUAGUUUUUCUAGCCUUUCCAAAAAAAAAAAAGCAAAAAUUACUAUUGCACUAUCUCCGUUGUUUGAACUUAAUUUCAGUCAGAGUACAGGCACAUUCAACAUACACCACACUCUUUAUUUAACGGUAUAUCCAGAGGCCGUUUUUUUUCCUCAUGAUCUUCAAACCUUAACGUGAACAUUUAUCAGUUCAUUUUUGGAAAGGAAGACAGUAAAGAAGCUCAGCUUCUAGACCUGUCAGGUGUUCCCCAAGGAAAAAAAAAAGCCCUUUUAGGGUGUGUUUAGUUCCACGCCAAAAUUAGAAGUUCGACUAAAAUUGAAAGUUUGAAUAAAAAAGUUAGAAGUUUAUGUGUGUAGAAAAGUUUUGAUGUGAUGGAAAGUUGGAAGUUUGAAUAAAAAAGUUGGGAACUAAACAAGGGCUUACUCUUCUCUUUUAUACCAUCAUUUUGCCUCGAAAUUCACACAUUUCCUUGUUGUUUGUACAGUAACCAAAAACAAAGUUCUUUUUAACCUAAUUGAAAAAAAAAAUGUUACGACGCUUCAGCCAUUCUUAUUGUUGUCCCUCAGGAAAGAUGUUUUUUUAAGCAAAUGAGUACUUUUGGUUUCACCGCCUUUUCAUAUCAGGGAGAAAAUAUAUUCGGAUUUGAUAGUCUUGAGCUCACCCGUUAAAGGCUAACCCCUCUUCAUUUGAAAAACAGAGAAGGCAAAACGUUUAACUAUUGCCUGCAAUGUCUUCUAGCCAUGAGCCCUCGGGACUGCUAAACAGUGAUGACAUACCUUCCGAAGGUAUUAGAGUUCCCUUCAUAGAGUAAGCUAGUGUUGCGUUUUUUUUUUCUUUUUUGUGUUUUAUUGCAGGCAUAUGUCACUGUAAAAUAUUUCAGAGUUGUGUGCGUCUGCUCAAAGGCAGAUGCAGCUUGAGGUCAGGGGGCUCGCUGCCUUCUUCCUCCAUGGAGAUCCAGUGGGUAGGAGGUGCUGAAGACCCCCAGACCUCAGGCUGGAUCUGCCACCUCGUCUGCGAGGAUCAGAAGUAGCGCCACCGUCUGUUAGCACUGGUGGGAAUACAGAGCUAGUAGAACAAGGAAAUGAUAGGGUGCCUGCAAUGACUAAGAUUGUGGUAGAACCAAACGCUGAGCUACAGUCACCAUUCGUGGUAAAACACCAUCUAUUACUCAAGAGACCCGAUCCUAGCAUACUAGAUGAAUUGUACAGCUUGACUAUGGCUUUUACCGAUUCAGAGUCAAAACAGACCGAUUGGGUAUCAAUCAAGCACCCAUCGUUCCCCAUCAGAUUAAAGCUUGAAGAUAUCCAGGAAACAGUAAAACCUGGAGGAUUGAUGGAUACCGAUUGCCUCAACUUAGCUGUGAGAAAUUUGGCAACAGAGGAUGCUGAAAAUUUUAAGAACACUGAGUGUUUGGGUUGGAGGCAUUACGUUAAAUCAGAUUGGACGCAACUGGUCGCUAGUCCCACGAAUCUGAGGAUUGCAUAUUCGUGUGACUCUACUCUGUAUGAUGCUUCAGGAUCACAUCUGGUAUUCAUCCCCGUAUUACAUUGCGACCACUGGACACGAAUUUUUUUUAUUUAUAAUUUUUUUUAUUAAAAGUUUUACAAAAAUAAUUUUCCAUUUUGAAAAUUGACGGAAGGAGUCGCCUACCGCCCUCUGGGAGGGCGGCGAAAAUGACGUGGCAGACGG